CUGUGUGUAGUGUGUGCAGCGUGUGCUAUGGAUCCGCUUGUCGCAGAGCUCAAGCAGAAGGUUGAAGACACGCUGUGCCCUUUUGGCUUCGAGGUUUACCCCUUUCAGGUGGCCUGGUACAAUGAACUUCUGCCUUCAGCCUUCCACCUGCCCCUGCCAGGACCUACCCUGGCCUUCCUGGUACUCAGCACACCUGCCAUGUUUGACCAGGCCCUCAAACCAUUCUUGCAGAGCCGCCACCUCCAACCACUGUCUGACCCCGUGGAUCAGUGUGUGGCCUACCACCUAAGGCGUGUUUCAGAGAGCCUCCCAGAGCUGCAGGUGGAAGUCAUUGCCGACUAUGAGCUGCACCCCAAUCGGCGUCCUAAGAUCCUGGCCCAGACAGCAGCCCAUGUUGCAGGAGCUGCUUAUUACUAUCAACGACAAGACGUGGAGGCUGACCCGUGGGGGUCCCAGCACAUAGCAGGCGUGUGCAUACAUCCCCGAUUUGGAGGCUGGUUUGCCAUUCGAGGGGUGGUGUUGCUGCCAGGGAUCCAAGCACCAGAUCUACUGCCCAGAAAGCCCCCUGACUGUGUGCCUGCAAGAGCUGACCGAAUUACCCUGCUUGAGAACUUCAAUUUCCACUGGAGAGACUGGACUUACCGGGAUGCUGUGAAGCCCCAGGAGCGAUACUCAGAAGAACAAAAAGCCUACUUUUCCACACCACCUGCCCAACGCCUGGCCCUAUUAGGCUUAACCCCACCCUCUGAGAAGCCUAACACACCCCUUGAACUUCCCCUUACUAAGCUAACUGAGAAGCCACAUAAGCUACCCAAAGGUAGAAGCUGGCUCAGCCCCAGUGUCUCACCACCUGGAUCCCCUGGCCCUUGGUACCAUCAACCCCUGUAGGAACCCAUUUAUCCUGCUGCUUACCAGGACUUAAUUGGCCUUGGCACAGCAAAGUUUUAGUUCCUAUAGGAAAUAACUCCUUUGGGUAAAGAUAUCUUCAAUGAAGAAUAAAGUUCAUUUUAGGUUUCAAGGGCUGGUCAAAGACCCAUCUAGAAGAUAGCCUGUUUUGGUCUCCCAGUCCUCCCAAGGUUAGUUAGGGCCUGGGGGUGACGACCCCUAAUGACCACCUCGAGUUAUAAACCAACUAUCUAAGGCACUUAGAAGCACCUAAGAGUAUGCUGGUGGGCAAGGGAAAUGUCCCAAGUUCAAUCUCAGUACAAUAAAAAAAAUUUUUUUUUGAAGUA